GUGGGAUUUCCCCUGGCAAUCUUAGAAACCAAGGAGCUUUCAAAAAUCAGUUACACAACGCAAACAAUUAAGUACAAAGCAAAAAUACACAAAAAAAACCGCAUCGCCCCUUUAAGACAAGAUGAAAUUCAUUGCGAUUUUAAUUGCCUGCGUGCACACACACACACACAAGCAAAAGGUUUAAAGUUACACAUAUCUGGGGCGUGUCUUCAAGAGUUAAAAAAAAGUACAAACAUCCAAGUUUAGCGUCUAGCUGUGAUUGAGUGUGGCAGAGGGAGGAAGAGAGAGAGGAAAAGGCCAGAGAAACGGAGAAAAAUUGCAGAUAUGCAUUGCGAUUUGUUCUUACAACGUGCGCUGUGGCUUUACAUUUUGCUGCAGGAAAUGGGCAAGGUUUUAUCAGCAAGGCACGCCGUAUACUGGAACAGCACAAAUCGAAGGUUUGCGAUUGACGAUUACAUGGUAAAGGUGUCGAUCAACGAUUACCUGGAUAUCUUCUGCCCUCACUACCCUGCCGAGACGCCGCUGGAGCAGACAGAAUCAUUCCACCUUUACAUGGUGGACACCGAGGGCUACGGUGGCUGCAAUGCCAAGGGCAAGGCCUUCAAGCGGUGGGAGUGUAACCGCCCUUUUGCCCCCUAUGCCCCUGUGCGCUUCUCAGAGAAGAUCCAGCUCUUCACCCCCUUCACGCUGGGCUUUGAGUUCCAGCCUGGUGUGGACUAUUACUACAUCUCCUUGCCACCUCCAAAGGAUAACAAAUGCCUUCGUCUAAGGGUAUCGGUCUGCUGUGCCACAACCUUGAGGCCGAUCACUCAGACAUCGCAGGAGCCUGCCAAAGAUAGGGUACAGCAAGAUGCUUCCAAAUCCAAGGACACAGGAGGUGCAUUGCAGCUCUACCCAGGAAUGUUCCUUUGCUUACUCAGUUUACUUUGCACUUCCUGCCUCUCAUGGCUUUAGAGACGGCUGACGUAUAGUUCAAUCAUCGACUGAACUGGCCAGGACAUUUUGCCCUCCCUGGCCACAACUGUUCGAUUUUCCCCAAUGACCCAAAGUUUUUAAUUUUGAUCGCAAAUCUUCUCAGCUUGGGCUCCUCUCACUCCAGCCCCAGGUGACACCAAAAUGACUGAGCCAAAGAGGGAAAAAGUUUCUCCAAGUCGCAAGCUUUUCUGUCACCCGCUUAGUUGACUUUCAACGGUGGACAUCUUGAACCUGAGGAGGUCAUGAUACUUUUAAUUAAUUCUCACAACUAAUUUGAACUUGUAUAAGCUCGGUGUGCCUUGUUUCCUGAAUUUACAAGCCAGGAAUGGUGUUCUUCAAGAGAGGCAUUUAACCUCCUCCUACAUUUGAGGAUGGCACAGAUCUUUAGCUGCUCUUCCCUGUGACCGAGACAGAUCUCAGAAAGUCUGGCUACUGCUGAAGGUUUCGUUUCAAGGAAAGGAUAGACACGUUCGGGACCUCCUGAAAGUAGGACAUCUUCCCCUCAUCCUUACAGAUUCUGGAUUCCGCUCAAUGCCAACCCUGGUUGGUUUGAAGCAUUGUGAGCCAGGCCAUGAGAAGACGACAUGGCUGGAGGUCAUUCACGUCAAUAGACCAUAGGCUUGCCUGGCUUCGAAGACUUGAAACCACGGCCACAAGUCAGGCACGUUCACCAAGGUGGCGAGAUUCCCCCAAGCCCUCGGCUCCCAAAGACAAUGAUGGCAAAAUGGAGGGUGGGGGGGGGGUGCGACGGUGGGAAGGACGCCUUGUCAAGUAGGCCCCAUUUCCAUGACAAUGCUAGAUGGACCAAUCUGAGGCGGUGCGGCAAUCUAUCAGCCCAGCAACCAAACCACCAACAUUUCUGGCUUUGGCCAAUGCCACAAACAGGACCAAUCAUAAACGACACAAAGCUCAAAAUUUGCUGGUUGGAUUAGUAGCAAGUUCGUCUUACUCAGAGACAAUGUCCCCAAGUGUCUCUUACACUUCCUUGCUUCCAAAGUGGGAACACAGCCCAGUCCUCCAUGCCCAACUCCCCCCUCCUUCCCAUUGGCUCCCUCGAGCGAGGGGGCAGCAGGAAUAGAGGGGGAACAUGGGAGGUCAACAUAGGUACCUCUCGGACUCUUACUUUCUGUGAAAACUUCACCUUUUGUCUUCUAAGAAGAUAUUGCAUCCCUGCCGCGGAGAUGGCAGUGACCUUUGUGUACAGGUCUAUUUCUUUUUAAAGGAUUUCAAUAAAGGAAAUUAAAGAGAGGCUCACAAUGGGAUUUACUUGCAUCU